AUGCCAAGCACCAGUUUUCCAGUCCCUUCCAAGUUUCCACUCGGCUCUCCGGCUGCCGGCUGCGGGAGAGGAGAAACUUUGGGGCCCGCGCCGCCCGCCGGCGGCACCAUGAAGUCGGCGGAGGAAGAGCAUUACAGCUAUGUGUCCUCCAACAUCAGCCCAGGCCUGUCCCUGCCCACGGCGCACCCCUCGCUGCCGGUGCAGUGCCACGACAUGCAGAUGUCGGCCCCCGGCCUCUCCGCCAUGGCGGCCGCCGGCCACCCCUCGGGGUACGGAGCUGCCGUGGACGGCGGGCCCUCGGGCUACUUCCUGUCUUCCGGCCACGUCAGGCCCAACGGAGCCCCGGCCCUGGAGAGCCCCCGCAUUGAGAUCACGUCCUACCUGGGGCUGCACCACAACAACAACCAGUUCUUCCACGACGUGGAGGUGGAGGACGUGCUUCCCAGCUCCAAACGGCCCCCGUCCACCGCCACCCUGAGCCUGCCCAACCUGGAGGCCUACCGGGACCCCUCCUGCCUGAGCCCGGCCAGCAGCCUGUCCUCCCGCAGCUGCAACUCCGAGGCCUCGUCCUACGAGUCCAACUACUCGUACCCGUACGCGUCCCCGCAGACGUCCCCGUGGCAGUCCCCCUGCGUGUCCCCCAAGACCACCGACCCCGAGGAGGGCUUUCCCCGGGGCCUGGGGGCCUGCAGCCUGCUGGGCUCCCCGAGGCACUCGCCUUCCACCUCGCCCCGCACGAGCGUCACCGAGGAGAGCUGGCUGGGGGCGCGCACCUCCCGGCCCUCGUCCCCGAGCAACAAGAGGAAGUACGGCCUCAACGGCCGGCAGCUGUCCUGCUCCCCGCACCACUCCCCAACGCCGUCCCCGCACAGCUCGCCGCGGGUCAGCGUCACGGACGACACGUGGCUGGGCAACACCACGCAGUACACCAGCUCGGCCAUCGUGGCCGCCAUCAACGCCCUGAGCACCGACAGCAGCCUGGACCUGGGCGACGGCGUCCCCAUCAAGGCCCGCAAGACGGCCCUGGACCACUCGCCCUCGGUGGCGCUCAAGGUGGAACCGGCGGGCGAGGACCUGGGCACCACGCCGCCCGCGUCGGACUUCCCGCCCGAGGAGUUCCCCCCGUUCCAGCACAUCCGGAAGGGCGCCUUCUGCGACCAGUACCUGUCAGUGCCGCAGCACCCGUACCCGUGGGCCCGGCCCCGGUCCCCCACGUCCUACGCCAGCCCUUCGCUCCCUGCCCUCGACUGGCAGCUGCCGUCGCACUCGGGGCCCUACGAGCUGAGGAUCGAGGUGCAGCCCAAGUCCCACCACAGAGCCCACUACGAGACGGAGGGCAGCCGGGGGGCCGUGAAGGCGUCGGCGGGGGGACACCCCAGCGUGCAGCUCCACGGCUACCUGGAGAGCGAGCCCCUCACGCUGCAGCUGUUCAUCGGGACGGCGGACGACCGCCUGCUGCGGCCGCAUGCCUUCUACCAGGUGCACCGCAUCACCGGGAAGACCGUGUCCACCACCAGCCACGAGGCUGUGCUCUCCAACACCAAGGUCCUGGAGAUCCCGCUCCUGCCAGAGAACAACAUGAGAGCCAUCAUUGACUGUGCCGGGAUCCUGAAGCUCCGGAACUCGGACAUUGAGCUGCGCAAGGGGGAGACGGACAUCGGCAGGAAGAACACGCGUGUGCGGCUGGUGUUCCGGGUGCACAUCCCUCAGCCCAGCGGCCGCACGCUGUCGCUGCAGGUGGCCUCCAACCCUAUCGAGUGCUCCCAGCGGUCGGCGCAGGAGCUGCCUCUGGUGGAGAAGCAGAGCGUGGCCAGCUGUCCUGUCCUCGGCGGGAAGAGGAUGGUCCUGUCCGGCCACAACUUCCUGCAGGACUCCAAAGUCAUCUUCGUGGAGAAAGCACCAGACGGCCACCACAUCUGGGAAAUGGAGGCGAAGACCGACCGAGACCUGUGCAAGCCAAACUCGCUGGUGGUCGAGAUACCGCCGUUUCGCAACCAGAGAAUCACCAGCCCCGUCCAAGUCAGCUUCUACGUGUGCAACGGGAAGAGGAAGCGAAGCCAGUACCAGCCCUUCACCUACCUGCCUGCCAAUGUUCCAACCAUAAAAACAGAGCCCACCGACGACUACGAGCCGGCCCUGACCUGCGGACCAAUGAGCCAGGGCCUGAGCCCGCUCCCGAAGCCCUGCUUCAGCCAACAGCUGGCCCUGCCGCCCGACCCGGGGUCCUGCCUCGUGGCCGGCUUCCCGCCCUGCCUCCAGAGGAGCGCCGUGAUGUCCCCGCCGCCCAGCACCAGCCCGACGCUGCACGACCUGUCCUCCGCCCCCUACAGCAAGGGCAUGGCCAGCCCGGGCCACGGCCCCCUCGGACUCCAGCGGCCGGCCGCGGGGGCCCUCGCCGGCCCCGAGAUGCCGAGGCCCGUGAGCGUGCACCCCGGCUCCCCCCAGCCGCCGCCCCCCGCCCUGCUGCAGCCACAGGUGAGUCCACAGCCGAGCAGCAGCCGUCCCCCGGGCGGCCAGCCAGCGCUCUGUCCCCACAGCCCCUCGACUGCACUGCCAUCGGGUACCCAAGAGCCGACCUGUCUGCAGUCCUGCAGCCCAACCCGCCCACCGGGGAUGGGCCACCAGCAGCACCAACUGCCGAAGGUUCCGGAAACAGAGCCUGCAGCCGCCCGGCCUCCGCCGCUGCCCGAGGUGCGUGAGGACAGUAAUCAGGGUCUGGCCCCCACUCCCGUAUCGGUCAAGCGAGAGCCUCAGGAGUUGGACCAGCUGUACCUGGACGAUGUAAACGAAAUAAUACGCAACGACCUCUCCAGCACCAGCACCCACUCGUAG